ACCAAGGAGUUGCACUCCCCCCAUUUUUCUCCCUUCUCUCAGGCACAUCCAAACUUUCUGGUGCUAAUCCAUACAGCUGGUGGGAUGCUGGCUUUACUGAGGGGAACUGUGCAGCCAGCGACCGUCAGCAGGGCUGUGGGUAUUCUCCAGAGACACAACUCCAGCAUCAACAGCAAGCCACCAAAAAAUAAGAUUGGACCUGGGCAAAGUUUCUUUAUCAUGUCCGUGUUUGCUGUUGCCCUUCUGGCCCCUGCCGGGUGGAUCCUGCACCACAUCCCAGAGUAUCGCCAGGGAUCAAAAACCCCAUCUUCUUGACGAAAGCACAUUUCCUCCGUGGUCAACAUACCUGAGAUCAUGUACCGGACAAUAGACAGUCCUGGCUGCCUCUAAGGCAUUAUUCACCUUCAGUGCAAAAUUCACAUACAUGAAUGAAAACAUAGAUCUUAAAGCAACAUCACAAGUAAUAAAAGUCCCACUGUUUAUGAGAGGGAGAAGAGGCCUCAUUUAAAUUUAUUGAGAAAUAUAAUUCCAUGGUGUUUAAUGCCUUAGGACUGUGGCCCUUAAUGCCAUUGUAAGCAAUGUCUUCAGCUGCCCUUACUACAUGCAAAAUGAACAUGCAGUCUUUUUCCUGUAAUAAAUUU